AUGCAGCGAGUGUUACCGAUGGUGGUGCCCAGCAAUUUACCACCCACAGGCCGACAGGCCACCGACAGUGAUAGGCUCGCGAUGCGGGCCACAGAGGCACAACCGCAGUCCACCACGCCCACAGGCGGCGCCGUCAAUGUAGCGGCCGCCGCCAGUUCCAAGCCUGUACCGAGCGGGCAAACUUCCCCCGGAGUCGGCAGCACCGAUGGCACGCCGUCGGCAGCGCCGACGCCUGCGGGCGCCCAUCCGCCUCCGCACCCACAACCGCAUACACAUUCGCAUCUUCAACAUCCACCCACACAUCCACCCACACACCCACCUGCAUAUCCGCAUCCACACCCCCAUCCUCAAAUGGUGGCGCCUUUACCACCGAACUCGGCCGCCCUGCCGCUACCACACCAGCCCGUGGCCGGCGUUCCGAUGGCUAUGCCUGGCUACGUAGCACAAAUGCCGCCACAGCUGCCCCUUCACUUGGCCCAACAAAUGGCAUCUCAGCUCAACGUCCAGUUUCCCAUGCCUAAUCUUAUUCCCAUACCGUCUUCUGCGACCUCUUCCUCCAACCCGAGUGAAUCAAGCCAGCCCGAGAAUGCGGAUCUCAUGCUCAGUAGAACUGGCAAGCCAUUGCGCAACACCAAGCGCGCCGCGCAGAACCGCAAUGCCCAAAAGGCGUUUCGCCAAAGGCGCGAGCGGUACAUCAAGGACCUGGAGGUUAAAAGCAAGGAGUUCGAUCGUUUGGACGCACAGGUGGCUGCUUUGUCCCAGGAAAACGAAACUUUGAAAAAUUACGUCCUGGAGCUGGAACAGCGGUUCGGCAUAAGGCGCCCGCCCGCAUAA